CAGGGAGAGAAGGUGGGUUUGGGGAGCUGAGGAUUUGGGGGUCCCCCCCCGAUGUGUGGGUGCAGGAGAAGGAGUCGACGGAGGACUACAACGUGGCCUGCAUCCUCACCCUGCCGCCCUACCAGCGCCGCGGCUACGGCAAGCUGCUCAUCGAGUUCAGCUACGAGCUGUCCAAGGUGGAGGGGAAGACGGGGACCCCCGAGAAGCCGCUGUCGGACCUGGGGCUGCUCUCGUACCGCAGUUACUGGUCCCAGACCAUCCUGGAGAUCCUGAUGGGGCUGAAGGCCGAGGGGGGCGAGCGCCCCCAGAUCACCAUCAACGAGAUUAGUGAGAUCACCAGCAUCAAGAAGGAGGAUGUCAUCUCCACCCUGCAGUACCUCAACCUCAUCAACUACUACAAGGUGUGGUCCCCCCACCCCCCAAAAAAAACCCAAACCCCAAACAAGCUCCCCCAAACCAACCCCAAACCCCAACCAACCCCCUAAGAAAACCUCAAGUAA